AUGAUUUGUAACCUAGCUCUUCAUUCCCAAUACACGUAUUCUAUCAACUACAACACAGAGAGCAGGUACUCCCUCUCCCUUGGCAGCUUGGAGCCUUUUCUGCUCGAGAAGCGAACAUCGUUUCAAACACCGACUACGCAUGGAGAUAUUCCGACUACGUCCCUCUCCCUCCCAACCCCAUGUUCUACCAGAUCAAUCUCCCCACCUACAUGGAAGAAGAAUGUGAACAAUUUCUUCCCUUUCAACUCACCCGCAGACUCCACUCCCUACGAGACCGUCAUUAAUCGACUCGAAACCAUUCAACUACUCGGAGUCAACGUUAUCGAACUGCACGCUCUGGAGCAAUCCAGUUGCGAUGCAGAGUACGAUAUCUGCUGGGUGGAGCCAUCGUAUUCUCCGGGCUUGCUUCGUCCCACGAUUGGUACUCCGAUUCAACUGAAAGAACUGAUCGACUCGAUUCACGUACUGAAUAUGAGCGUGGUGCUGGAUCUGAAUUGGGAGUUUUUCAAUAUCAACUCGCCCAUCUAUCAUUAUCACCAGUUUUACACGCUGUACACAACGGAGUUAGCAGGCGAUCCGGUCUACAGCGAUGUGUUUCGCGAUUCGUCGACGUGUGGCGCGAAGUGUUCUUUGAACAUCGCCGAAAACGAAUUCGUUCUGCUUCUCCUUCGCUCCGUUCUCCAUCGCUAUCGCGAGGAAUUCCACAUCGACGGGAUCCGAUGGAUCACAAACGACUGCGAUUCCUAUGUUGGCGGAUCCUGCAAUAGCGGUGAGGAACACGGCGACAAAUUCGAGUUCGCGAUCCGGAGUUUUUGGGAAGACAUCCGAGACACGCAGUCGAUCGUUCCGAACUACGAUUUCUUCAUUGACGAGUCGCUUUGUCCGCUGAUUCAAGGCGUGUCUGCGAGCACGGGGAUCAGCUAUUCGCUCUUGAAGAACUUCAUUCAAACCAUAAACUCAUCGGAUCCGGAGGUUCUAUUCUCGCUCGAGUGCUUCCGAACUCUCAAUAGCCGCUUGCUGAUCCGAACGAACUACAACAUCGCGUCGAUUCUCCUCUCGUUGUUCUAUUUGCUCCCUCGAAACAUUCACUUCUUUAUGGGCACUCCCUUCCUAAGCGAUAUUUCCUUCACGAAGAAUCCCCAAACGCUGGAUAUCAGCGAAGUGGGAGUGUACGUCGACGGAUCCUGGCAGAAUCCACACAAGAAGUUCUUGAAAAUCUUGCUGUCUGUCGAUCUGAACAAGAUUCGCGAGCAAUAUUUGAUGGACGCGUUCGACGGUGUUUUCAUCGAGUAUGACAACAACAACGACAAAAUGAUUCUUCGUGUGGGAACGGAGCCCGAUCCAUUGCUGAUCGUGAUUAACUAUGGAACGACCCACUACACCGAAACGCCUUUCACCGCUGCUAUUUAUUCGACCCUUCCAUUCAAUCGGCAGGGAACCUGGAAUCUUCUCCUCUCUACUGCCAACAGAAACUACGAUAGCGAAGCCAUCACCGUCAACUCGCCAAUGACAGGAAGCGCGUGUCAAGGGCAGGGAGGCCAUACGAUUCCGGGCUGUGUGUAUUAUUCGGUGCCGAUGGCCAGGCAGUCGCUCUCUGUUUUUAUUCACGAAUAA